UUAAUUAAAUAUACGGAUAAUAAAUUCAAUAAAAUAGAAGCAACAAGCAUGACAAACGAAAGAACUCAUAUAAUAAGUGACAAAAUUACUGAGGAGAGUACUUAUAUAGUUAUAAAUGAUGAAGCCAUUGACAAUUCAAAAAGCGAAGUUAACUUGGAAAGACAGUUGAGAUCCGAAAGAACUUAUAUAACAAUAAGUGACGAAACCACUAACAAUUCAAGUUAUAAUGUCAACUUGAAAGGACAGCUAUUGGAAUUCGAAAGUGCUUAUAUAAUAAUAAAUGAUGAAGCUACUAACAAACCAAAAAGUAAAAUUAACUUGGAAGAACAGUUGUUAGAUCAAGAUCAUAACAAUAUUUCAACUAUAUUCUUAGGAUUGUAUGUAUUUGAAACUUGUCAUCAGAAUUUGGAAUUCAUGAGUCUGAUAAGUAGUGAUAUUAAUGGUAUUGGUAUAGUGACUAAACAGAUUA